AUGGAAGACUUGAUUGUUGGUGACAACAAGUGGAAAGCAAUGGGUCCCAUCAACAAAGAAAAGAAAAAGUUCAAAAGGAAGGUUGCGAAGGUGGGUGCUGACUAUAAAGCAGAAUUUUGUAUUUCGACUGCUUCUGACUUGUUUUUUGGGUUUUUUGACGAAAAUUUAGUCGAAAAAAUAACAGCAUUUACCAACGCCAAAUUAUCAGGAAAAAAAGGUAAACCCCAAAUAACAAAAAUAGACAUUAUACGAUAUUUCGGCAUUUUACUAUAUAUGGGAGCACACCACGACAUAAAGAAUCCAAUUUCCAAGCUUUGGAACGAAAAACACGGGAAACCAAAUAUUUAUGGUAAAGCUAUGCCCAGAAAUGUUUUUCAACUUAUCAAUGCCAACAUCGAGACUUACGAUGUCACAACUCUUCCGGAUGAAGUUGAGAAAGAGAGUUGUUUUAUAGGUGAUGAAGAAGAGAGUGAGGACAGUGCAUCCGAUGAAGAGGAAAAUCCAGAGAAUAAAGAAGAGACUGAAGAAGAAGACUAUUUGAGUUGUGAUGAGUGGGUCAAAAAACAUCCUGUUGACCUGACCGAAGAGAAGCUAAAAAAGGAUGUUGAAGUGAGACAAAAAGUAAAUGAUGAAGAGACUAUAGAAAAGGGGUUAAUCAAAGCAUCAAACACGCCAAACUCGAAUGACAAGUUUGGCAAAAUUUGGGAAGUGUUGGAAGCUUUUAUUCACAACUUAGUGAACAACAAAUACUUUACACCGAGCACCACACUAUCGGUUGAUGAACACCUUUGCGCAUUCAAGUGA